AUGGAUCAGCUCUCCCAGUCCGAGCAGCGCGAGCUCCAGAACCGCAUGGAGAAGAAGCAGAUGAAGGAAUUCAUGAACAUGUACUCCAACCUCGUCCAGCAAUGCUUCGACUCCUGCGUCAACGGCUUUGAGAGCAAGUCGCUCACCUCGCGCGAAGAGGGCUGCGUCAUGCGAUGCGUCGACAAGCACAUGAAGGCCUCGCAGCGUCUGGGUGACAGGUUCCAGGAGCAGAACGCUGCCAUGGCACAGGGUGGUCUGCCCGGCCGAUAA